AAGGAGUUUGGAAACAUUUGUAAACAAAUGUUCUGUUUUUUGCAUUUGUGAUUAUAAUUAUUUUAUGGUAUGGAAGUGUUGCGACAGUUUAAAGAAUGUGGUUACUUCACAUCUCAAUUGUACCAUUUGAUGACCAAGAAGAAGUUGGUUGAUCCUUCAGAGGAGAUUAUUCCAUCGGAAUAUCUUAAAGAAAUGCGGUUAAGUACGGUCGAACGCUUACAGAAGUUGAACAAUAUAGAAAUAGAUAAUAUAGUCAAUACUGGCACCAAGAAAACUGGUAUUCCUGUUUUGUCAUUUACACCAAGAAUAAUCGUGUUUCAAAACUUUAAGCCAAAUGAAAAAGUAGUGGCUAAGUUUACCGUGAAGAACAUAAGUAAGGCGACUACAUUCCUCAACAUGGUGUAUAAGGAAUCGUCAAAUUUCUUCAUAAAGCCGUGUGGCUCUCAAUUGCUCUCAAGAUUGGCGCCCGGUAUUAGUGUUACUUUUGCCGUUACUUUCGAGUCCAGCUUGUAUGAAGAUUACGUUCACAAAGUUAUGUUUCAUAGUGAUACUGAUCACUAUGUGCUGCCGUUAAUUGCAAUGGGACCCAGACCAAUGUUUGACUUCCCGGAUCAAGUAAUAUUACCUAAAACUCCGUUAAAAAUAGAGACUUUCAUGAUGAUCACCGUUCACAACGUCGGCGUACUAAACGCAGGUUUCACAAUUAAAACAAGAUGUCCAUUUAACGUGCAUCCAAAAUCUCACUACGUGCUAGCUGGAACGAAAGUAGAAUUUAAAGUAGGAUUUAGAAGUAUGCAUUUGGGUAAUGCAGAAGGUGAAUUGCGAGCAGUUUUCGAAACAGGAGAAGUAUUUCGAAUAAGGGUACUGGGAGAGGCACAUAGCGUGAGCAUAGAGCUGGAGAAGCAAACCGUGAGGUUCCUGGACACCUAUAAUACAAUGGUCAGGCAACAAACCUUUAAGAUUACUAACAAAUCCGACCAUUUGCUCACUUACAUGUGCAUGAAAAAUGAAGACGUCUAUGAUGAUUUUGAAGAUAAACUGAAAUUUGCAAAAAUGUUCUACGAUGUGAAACAAAACGAAUCUCUAAAGUACGCGAAGCUUGUCCAAUAUGACGUUUUGUCAAGCGAUGAGCAUGAGAGAGUAUACACAAGGAUUUUUACGGACGAGAUUCAGGCUAUGGUGACUGAAGAAUCGAUGUUAUUCCAAAAUAUGCACUUUGCGAUUUCACCGAAUAAAGGACAAUUGUGGCCCAAAAAGGUAACGGAAAUAACGAUUAUUUUCUCGCCCAAGGAAAUAGGAGAGCGCGAAGCAGUUUGUUAUUUAGAUAUUGAUGGGAUUUCGAAUCGUGUUCCACUGAAAAUAGUUGGCACUUCCAUUCCACCUCUCAUACAUCUCAACCUAGAAACUUUGGACAUGGACCGUGUAUAUAUUAACAAACUUUAUAAUUACGAAAUUGUAGCAAUGAAUAAAGGUCACAUCAGCGGUUUGAUAGUAUACAAUGAAACACCUACAUUAUUUGGUAGUGCGAUUUCUUGCACACCCCUGAUGCACUGCUUGGCUCCCGGUGAAAAAGCUAUCUUCAUUAUAUCCUUCAGCAAUCCCAACCAGGGCUGUUUCUUCGAGGAAAUCAAUUUCGUCAUAAGAGACACCAGUGUCGUUAUUAGGUUGUACUUGAAGGGAGAAAUAGUUUAUCCAACUAUGCACUUUAGCAAGCCUUGUCUUGAUUUUGGAACGUUAAGUGUGGGAAUACCUGUUACGUUAGAAUUGGAAGUGAUAAAUGAGUCGGAAGUCAGAGUUAGAGGUUCGAUAAAGAUAUCAUCCGACGGUCCUGAAGUGAACAGCCUUACUUUAGACGACUGCGAGUCUUCGGGGUUGAAUUAUAUAGUUGCACCGCAGUGGCCAAGAGAAUUCCACAUCGAACCAUCAAAAAUUGACUUAGAUCCUGAAUCGAAGGUGAUCUUAAAGGUAACACUGACGGCGAAUUUGGUUAGAGCAAACCAGACUUGUUUGGAAGUGGAAAUGGAAAAGUCUGACAGUCCACCGAUCACUCUGCCGGUGUCGUUCAAUGCUGUAGUCCCUGAGAUCACUCCUGCGCCUGAUGUGAAUCUGAGGGCACUGUUCGUCGAUUACCCCUACAAACACGAUAUCAUUAUAUCUUCAAAUGAGUUUUGGGGAUAUUUCUCUAUUAAAGAGGCGAAGGACGCCCCUAUGGAAGUGGAAGUUGAAGUAAAACAUGGUAUAAUCAAACCCAACAGCUCAAUAGUACUGCCGGCUACUAUAAGAUCUAGUGUGUUGGGUCCGCAGGAGCAUUCGGUUCGGAUGUUUAUGUUCGGACUGUCACAACCGAUAGAUAUCUGCUAUAUUAAAGGAUGCGCCUGUCGGCCCAUAGUAACUUGUACGCCAAAUGCUGCGCACUUGGGACAGGUUAAAGCGCUUACGAGGGCUCAAAAAACAAUUACUAUGAACAAUGACUCCCCUAUCAGAGUUUAUUUCCGAGCGAGUAUGUUAAAUCGAGAUGGCAGGUGGACAUUAGACCCGCAGGAAGGUUACCUAGAGCCAGAGGGGGACACAGAACUGACUGUUUCUGUUUACCUAACAGACGCUUGUACAUAUUCUAAUAAAGCAGUAAUCCAGUUGGAUAAAGUGAAGGACCUUUAUGUGCCGGUAACUGCAACGGGGACGGGCACAAGCAUCGUCGUGGGCGAAGAACGCGAUCGUAUAUCGUUGGGCCGACACUUCAUUAAGAUUCCACUGGAUGAAAUAAUUGUCAUCAUGAACCUUGGCAAUCGUCUACAUUCACUGGAGUGGACUGGGAAUUAUAAAAUUAAGAAAAAUCAGCCUCCUGUUAUACCAUUCUUCAAUUUAGAGCCUCGAAGUUUUAAAUUAGCAGCAGGCGAGAAAAUACAAAUGAAAAUAACAGGACUGUCUUCAAAAGUAACUACUAUACAAGAGAUUUGGUACCUUGUUGGCAACGUGGAGGGUGUAAACAAAAAAGAACUUCUGUUGGAGUGCCCAGUGGUGGCCGAGUUUGUUGAACCUAGGGUUGAGCUUUCUUCGGUAUUGUUGAAUUUUCGGUACGAUUACGGACCUUACUGUGAAUAUUAUAAACUGACAGACAUCCUGACAAUAAAGAAUGUGUCGAAGUUGGGUCUUAUGAUAGACUUAAACGUCCGAGCGCCUUUCGCAAUUGUACAAAAGAAAGAGAGUUACUUGGUACCUAGUGAUGAAACAAAUUUAUGUUGCUGUAUUUGUUACGACGAAUCGGAUUUAAAUGUAUCAAACAUCAUUAACGAAUCUGGAUUGCAUCAAUCAAAGACAUUUAUCGAUUGCUUAACAAAUCAGCCCGUCGAGCCCUUGCGUGACGGUCCACUGCACUUCUUCCACGAUAUUCACAAAAUUAAACAGGCGUUUUACCUAACACAUACCGUAGAACAACGCCUAGAAGACCAGGAAGUAAUGAAAGUACAAAUAAUCUUCGACACAACGAAACAUUUGAAUUUGAAAUGUAAAGUAUACAACGACGUCAUGAGAAUUAAAUUUAGGGACCAUAAGAAUAAGGACGCUGUAAAACUAGUGGGCUCUAUUAAUUUCCCCAAUAUGUUAAUAUUGACGCCUAAAGUAGACUUCGGUUGCAUAUUGAACGACACAGUUGAAAGUAGAACGAUCAGAGUACACAAUAUUACGCCAUUAAAUGUUUGCUACAAGUUUCAAUGGAAAAAAUGCCAAAUUAAUAAAAUCUCAAUGCCUGAAAAAUCAAAGUUGGAGUACAUCGAAGACGUUAAUAUUUAUCACAAAAGUUCUGAAGAGAGUCAAGUUACUAUUGCCACAGAAUUGAACGAAACUGAAUUCCAAGAAGGCGAAGAGGUUCUUGACAAAUCCUUGGUAUCACCUGCAGCAGUAGAGUCCAAUGAUUCAGAAAUCACAAAAAGUAAAGAGGACAUUAAUGCUUAUAAAAGAAAAAUUAUGCGGAAAAUAGCUCCCAUGCUACGGAUUGAUUUUUUGUUGCCAAACCCUUGGACAAACAAAUUUGGAAGAAGAAAUACACUGGCUAGCAUUGACAUAAAUGAUAUAUUUUUGUUAUUACCCCAUCGAGGAUUACUAAAACCAAGAGAGAGUCAAGAUAUCCAAGUGAUAUUUAACCCAUCUCAUAAUGUUAGCGUGAAGGCCACUCUGGAGUGCGAAAUCUUGGGUGGGCCAUCUGAGUACAUAAGUAUUAUGGGACAAAGUUCGGAUUUAAUGUACACCAUUAAUACGCAAAAACUUAAUUUCAAAAUAAGAUCUUUUCAUGAACAUGCUAGUGAAAUACUGGUUAUAUCCAAUAUUGCGCAAUUAUCCUUCGAAUAUAAAACAUACUUAAAUGAACCUUCAUUUGAAAACGAGCUUCCCGCUACUAUUGUUAAUUUGGUGCCAUCUGAGAAGACUUUAGAACCUGAGGAGGAGGUGUCAAUGUCGGUGUUGGUGCGACCAGGGGUAGUGGGCUAUUUCCACAGAACCUUCUUAAUGGAGAUUGGCCAUUUUCCUGCUAUGCCUAUAGAGAUAUUUGGGUGGGGCGUCGUGCCCCAAGUGUAUUUGUGUUUACCUAGACCUCAAUUAUUUGAUCUCCCUCCAAUAUUAGGAUACUUAGCCAUACCUUCAUUGACUUCCGAUUACUUGGGAGCAAUUAAUGAAAUUUUCACAAAAGGUACUUCAGAGCAUCUAAACUCUCCGCAAGUAGAACAAUGUUUGGAAGAUCCGACUUUUAAACAGGAAUGGCACGUUUGUACAUCUUGGGACGAAUAUCCUUCUAAAAUGGAUAUCGAGCUUGCAUUAGAAAGAAUGUUAGUGAUAAACCACAUUAAAUCGAGACCUGAAAUUAUGAAUAUGUAUACACAAAGUGCAAAAAUGGGACCUAUACCUGGAUUUACUACUAUUCCUUAUGUAAUAGAUUUUGGUGUCGUUAUUACUGGUUCUAUAGUUCAAAGGACAAUUGAAGUAAAAAAUUAUGGCCCAAUAGCAGCGAAACUCCAUUUCUCAAAAAGUUAUUCUUGCCGGCCAUGGUUGAACAUAAAACUUUGUGGCAAACUUGAGCCAGGAGAUACGGGACGAAUAGAAGUUACAUUUUCGCCGACACCUCAUGAUUUUAAGGAAGUGGAGCAAAACUUGGAAUUGAUGCUAUACUUAGAGGUACCGUAUGGAGUGGUAAUGCCUAUUCAGGUGAAGGCCUUAUGCGCUGUACCUUAUCUGAAAUCUAAUGUGAACCUAAUUAAUCUUGGUAAAGUGCGGUGUGGAGACAAAAUAAUUAGCUCUAUUCCUCUAAGAAAUGUGGGUAAACCUACUUGCAUUUGGUAUGCUACAUUGAAAUUAAAAACAAGUGGACCUAACCCCAUAGAGAUACUCGACAGUUCGGGAAAAUAUGAGCCUGGUGAAGGAGGAUGGCUAAAUGUGUCAUUCAAGCCAACUAUAGAGAUGACGUAUGAGGCAGUCCUGAUAUUCAGAUUUCACAUGAAUCCCACUAAAAUGACGAUACCAGUGAUUGGACAAGGGCUGUUCCCACAUGUGCAUAUCAUUGGUCCAAAGAUUUGCUUCCCGCCGACGCUGCCAUGGUCGGAAACGACAGACAUGUAUUUUGGAAUUACUAAUCCAUGUUCGUUUCCCAUCGAACUCAUCGUGGCGCAUACAGACUCGAACUGGAAAGAAGAGGAGGAUAUGUUUAACUUAUUAUAUAAAUAUUACAAUAAACCACCAGAAAUACUGCUUCCUAUCGUUAAGCCUGGCCAAGGUAUGCCAGCACCAGUUACAGAUUUUUUCGACAAAUUCAAAGCAAAUGUAAAGAGAAAUAUUGAAGAAGAAACCGCAGCAGCUUUGAAAAGUGCCAGUAUACGUGCUGAUACACGUGGAAAAAAAGGAAAAAGCCCAAAGCCCAAGUCUGCUGUACCUCGCAAAGAUGCAGUACCGCCAUCGACAAUCAGAAAAUUCAGAUCCGAAGCCGAAAUAAUCGCAGAUGAGAUCAAAGCAAUGAAGGAGAAAGAACUAGACCCUUUAGCAGAAUCUCAUCAAGCUGUUGACCUCAGACCAGAAGCCACAGGUUCGGCGACGGCAAUUAAUGUAGAGUUACCACAAUUGAAAGGUCUUCUGCUUUUUGUACACGGGACGCCUUGCGACGAGAUGGAGUGUAGAGAAUUAGCUUACACGCUAGGAAUGCAACUCCGCAUUCCUACGAUCAAUAUAGAUAUAGCUUUCGUGGAGGCUCUCUGCGUUAGCACUUGCUUUGCUAAAACGCUUAUAUUAUCCGCAAUCAAUACAACAUACGAGAACAUGAAAAAAAUAACGAUGGCAACGAAAUCCGAAACUGGCCUUGAGGACACAUUUGAAAAUGAAGAUUUAUUUGAGGUUAUUCAAAGGAAGUUAGAAUUCUUAGCAAACAGUAAAAACAUUACGACUCCACGAUCGAAAGCCAGCGACAAGAAAAAAAAAUCCGAAACGUCAGACGGGUCGCAAACAAUCUUACCUGUACUGGGAUCCACUACUAUGUUCAAUAUGGACUAUACUACUGAAUUGUUGAGCGAUUACUUCAGCGGCGAAAAAUUCCACCGUGGUUUUGUUGUGGACUCUUUGACAAGUCAAAUAAUAAGGCCUCCUUCUUUAGUGUUAAGUACUUUAAUAAGAUGUAAGCGCAGUAUACAAAAUUUACAUCUGUUGUUGGGCAAUACUGACUUCAAUAAGUGGAUACUGACAUAUGAAGAAGCACAACACAAAAGUGAAGCAAUGGAAGCAAAUGCUGCAAUGCAAUUGGAUAAUGUAGAAAAUAUACAGAAAGUUGUGCAAGAAUGUGAAGAAAUGGAUGGCGAUGAAUAUGAAAAUUUAAAUCCUGAACUUAAACAAAUAUAUAUUACACACGCAUUGGAAGUCAGGAGACGUAAACAUUUGGAGAAAAAACGUAAAAUCGCAGAAAAAUCUGGGCGGUAUAAUGACGUUAGCCAUAAAAAAGAAAAGACUGUGAAAGCGGAUGUCAGCACUUCUCUAUUAGCACCUUCAGAUUCGAAGAGGAAGUUGAAGAAAGAUGAAGUCAAAGCUAAACCUCCCGCUGUUAAACCACGUUUCGUCGAUGAAGUCGUAAAUAUGACGACAAAAUAUAAUGAUUAUAUAAAAAACGUAUACGACUCUUUAAUAAAUAUUGCAAUUAACUGGGUUAUGGAAGAAUGUGACAUAGGAGUGCCAUUAUUUGCAAUAAACGGCCUCUUGGCUAGUACACCGGCUAAAAAGGCAAAGAAAAAGUCUGAAAUACAAAUACAGGUGUCAGAAGUCGUCAUUCAAGAAAGAGGAUUUCCGCUGACGAUUUUAUUAAGCCCGUGUAGCCGUUACAAAGAAGGCUUAGUAAAUAUGUUUAGGACGACUCCUUUCUUACACAAUGCUCUGAAAGAGGAAACGGAGUUCGAUAUUCUACAAUGUCCAGCAACAACAAAACAAUAUACUCUGCUAUUACCCAAAUCUUUACCGCCUAUACAUUACGAAGAACCUUUAGAGUGGCUGUACUUGGACGAAAAGCCGCUUAAAAAAUGUGAAUGCAAUCAAAUAACAGAUCUGCACUUAAUGGAUGAUACUAAUCAGGAUAAUGUGAUAAAUAUUUUGGCCAAAUGGCACUGCAUUUGUGGGAAAAAAAUGGCAUCCUCUCAAACGUCCACAAGUGAAAUUCCUACAAUCUUGACGGAGAAGACGAUUCAGGAUACAGUAACAGAAGAAGACACGUAUCCGCUGCCUUUGAGAAUUGUCAAAUCAGUGCCUGUUCCUAGCACCCGUAUAGUGCUGCAACCUGGCGACUUGCUAAGGUUUAAAUACGCUUUUAGUCCUAAAUUGGAGGGCAACUAUUUUGUGAAACGCUACGUAGAAGUAGCUGGCUGGCCGGAGUCUAGAACGGAGAUAAGCGUCAAUGGAAUUUCAGACAUUCCAAGGCUGGAUAAUAGACCCAAAAAGAUGUUCGGAAACUUUGUUAGAAGAAGAUUGGAAGAUACAGUCUAUAAAUCGACAUAUUUAGACGAUAUCAAAAUGUUCGAAUUUGGUCCGAUUUUCAUUGGAAAAAACAGAAUCUAUGAAGAAGAAUAUACGAUAGAUCUGAGAAAUGCCUCCUUAAUGACAGCUGAUAUAGAUAUCCAGUUUCUUGAUGAUCUCGAGGAUUUCCAAAUAGACAAAACUUAUAUGAGGUUGGAGCCUGGACAUCGAGACAAGCUAACCAUAACAGCAGCUCCACAAGUCAUGGGUGUUCAUACCGCGGUACUUCUUUUUUGCGUGAAAGACAAUCCCGAGAUUGUAAGAAUCACAAUCGGGUGCAGUGGAGUUGUACCUAUAGUGGAGAUAUUGCCUGUGACUAAAACUAUUGAUUACAACAAACUAUUACUCUACCGACGCGCAGAUGACCGUUUUAUAGUAAAAAACGAGUCAAUUCUCCCAGUGAUGUGGCAAAUACGCAAUCCAGAAGAGUUUGUGGAAGACUUCAUUAUCUCUCAAACGAGUGGGAUCAUACCACGAAACGACAAUAAAGUCGUACCCGUCACAUACAUCGCUUGCAACGUCGGCGUCAUUAGCAACAGGCAGCUGAUUAUUGAUAUUUAUGACGAACACGGUCGAGGCGAUCCUAUGAUAGUAGAUUGUCUGUAUCUCUCAGGCGAGUGUUACGACGUCAUGAUUGAAUUUGCAUAUGCGAACCCAAAUGAAAACGUACUUAACUUCGGGAAUGUUAAAGUGAACUCCCCUGAAUAUAGAGAAAUGUUUCUACUAAACCGAGGAAAAUAUCCAAUUUAUUACAAGCUCAAAAAGGUAAAGAAGUUCCCAGAGCCGGCACUAUUGAAGUCCUUCAAUGCUUUCGAGGAAUGCGGCGUAAUACCCCCGACACUGAAAUUGGUGGUAGUAGAAUUCGGAUGCAUGCCGACUACUUCUAUAAAUUUGAACAAUGUUCCUGCGUAUACGUGCUCUCUACUUGAUGGAAGUAAGGAACAGGUUGUUGUAGCCAAGUUUCCAGUGUGUAUUACUAUCGCCUCCUUCUAUAACACUUUUACAUUAUUCCCUCUGGGCGAACUGAACUUUAAUAUCAUCGCUGUUGGUAGCGGAGUGAUGAGAGAGGUGAUCUUGAACAAUACCAGCAAGUGCCCGUUCACUUACGAAAUCUUUGUGCCGGAAAUAUAUCGUGUCCCCGCCGAUCCUAAUGCAGCAUUACCCAAAUUGGGGAAUAACAAAAUAAAAAACCCUCCGAUUAAAUGCGGCAAUUUCGUAAUAUUAAAUGAAGACAACCUUCUUGCACCUGGAAUGAGUCGCACAAUUCAAAUACAAUUCUUCGCUACCGCGGUGAGGACGUUUGAAGAAACGAUUCACUUUGUAGUCAGUGAUACUUGUCCUGCGGAAGCGCAUGGAGUUCCUUUAAAGUUGGUCGGCACUGGAGCUAUGCCUUCAUUGGACUUCUGGAAUUUAGAUACGACUUUCAGAGAACAUUUAAUCGUUAAAAACAUGGAUGAAUAUAAAAUCAAAGAGCCUUCACCACACUGCAUUUUUACGGAAGACACUGUGACGUUACAUUUCUUCGGUGUGACAGUGAAUAACAGUUACACCGCAUAUAUUGAUUUAUAUAACAAUGGUCUAGUGGCUUGUGCGCUAUUCAACAAGAUGCAUUAUCAAGACAAUACUAAUGAUAAAAUUUUUGCGCUGGAUAAAAACGAGAUACAUGUGGAACCCUUAUUACAUAAGACUUUGGGAAUUAUAUUCAGUCCAAUAGCUCUAGAGGAAUACAGAGCUGUUUUAGAAAUAAAUCUGAAACUGCUAAAAAACGAAGAGCAAUCGUUUAAGAUUUGCCUAAUAGGAGAAGGCGUGAUACCUCGCAUUAAGCUUAUGCAGCCUGUGUUACGACAACAUAAGCUCGGUGUGACUGUCUUUCCAAUGACCUGCUUGGGGUCUGUAAGCCACAAAGUGAUAAAAUUCAAGAAUAUUAGUUCAGUGAAAAGUGUGGUCAAUGUGCGAGUUCAGCAACCGCCAGCAGAAAGGCCGGUAUUUUAUAUUAAUAUAGGUGAACAGUGUGAUCAUAUGACGGAGUCGAUAGCAGAUAAAGUCAAUACCACCAUGCAGGUUGUGCUAGUACCUCAGGAAAUAGCCUUUGUAAACGCUUAUUUCAAUCCUCUGAGCCGCGGCCGAACAAGUUGUGAUUUGCAGUUGACGAUCGAAAAUAAUCCUUACGAACAUUUUAUGGUUUUAUGUGAGGCUGAGGCGUUUAUGGAAGAUGUCAUACUACUCGGAUUAGAAAUGCUUUCUAUAGAGUUAGAUGUUGAUUUUGACAAUGGGUCUUCGGUGUCGGCGGGAAGUGACAAGAAGAAACCCAAAAGCGCACCGAUGAUGGAUAAGCGCAGAGUUUCUAUCUCAAAAAGAAAAAAAGCUUCCCGCACGUCAAUAAAUAAACACAGCGACUCUGGCGCUGAUUCAUCUUUACUCAGAUACGUUUUGGAUUUUGGCGGCUGCGAACUGUGUUCUUUACAAAAGCGUUCAGUAAUAAUGGUGAAUAAUUCGGAGAAAGUAUUUAAGUUUUCCUGGGAGACUAGAGAUAACAUUGUAAUAAAGCCCUCUGUCGGUUACAUUUCGCCAGGAGAAGAAAAAGACUUGGAAAUUAUGUUCUUCUCCCUUCAAGCAAUUUCCGUAAAGAGGGAGCCAUUGCUUUGUUCGCUUACAGCUAUCAGUGAUGAUUCUCUGGUCAUGGACCUAAAGUGUACUACGUGGGACAACCGACAGCUGCUUACUUAUUUUAAUCAUAACGCUGAAUUUAGCCUAGAAGAAAGGCGGGAGCAAGUUAUCGGAGACCAAAGUGUAGAUCAUGCAGAUAUGUAUGGAUUACUCAACAUACUUAUAUUAUACUCAGUGUCCACCGAGUACAGUAAAUAUAUGUGUAACCUUCAAGAGGAAAAACUUUUAAAGGAUACUUUUAUUUAUCAGACAAGAAGCUUUGAAUUCACGGUAGAAAACGUUGGCAAUGUACCGAUGAAAAUCGAUUGGGAUUUCUAUUUUGAUGAAGAAUAUCCAGCUAGAAUUGAUAAGUACAAUGAGAUUGAAAUGCUAAUUGAUUCCAAUGCUCCAUCGGAUAGUAUCAUCAACCAGCCUAACAAUAGUGAAAUCCAAAAUGACUCGAUUGCUCACGAUGACGCUGGGACAAGCAAGGAAACCCUGUUCAGUGGAAGCGAAGGAAGACACACCGUAGACACCUGGUUUGAAAUCGACUUACCGUUCACAAUCACACCCAACAAGGAUUGCCUUAAACCUCGAGAACGUCGAACUUUUAAAGUUUCGUUUAGUCCUCUUGAAGCCUUCUUCUUUAAAGUACGCCUUAAGAGCACAAUAGACAACCUAGAUCCUUAUAACAAAAACAUAUCCUGCAGUAUAUCAGCAAAAGCUUUGAUUCCUUAUGUGCACCUGGAUAUCGAAGAGAGCGAUUACUUAACUUCUGGAAGGAGGAAGGCUACGGGUAUUGCAUUGCCACAACAUAUGUCUGUGUUAGAGUUUAAUGUUUUAGGUUCUGGAUGUUAUAAGAAGACCUUUAACGUAAUAAAUCCUACUAAUGAUGGAUAUGAAUUUGUAUUUGAAUUGCUGACAUUCGGGCCAGAACUUAUCCCCUUUCAUUGCAACGUGCUGAAAGGUUUCGUUGAGGGUGGUACUUCGUGGCCAGUGACGAUGACGUUUGCGCCUACUGCACCUGGUAUCUACGAAUCCCAAUGGAAAUUUAUUAUAAGCAAACAUAACUUGACGAUGAACUUAUUGGUAGUUGGCGUUGUACGAGAGCCUGAUGUUCUUUUCGUUCCACCCAUUCUUAUUUUAAGAAAUUCACUGGUCGGUUUUACAACCACCAAUGUAGUGGUAUUAAAAAAUAACGAAAACGAGAGCCUAAAUUUCCAGUUUAAAGGCAACUCGAUGUGCAACGAGUCUGGCAAAACUCCAGUCAUCAUUAAUCCUGAAGAGGGUGUGCUCAAACCACGAUCAGAAACACGAAUCAUAAUCGAGUACACACCAAUACAAGACGGUCCUAUGUCAUUCAAGAUUUUCUGCAGUGUGAUGUACUGUACCAAGUACUUAACCCUCUGUGUGAACGCCCUCAGCCAUCUAGUCAAACCCACAGUGACUUACUACCUUAUUAAUUCUUACGAACAUACACUGGAUAGUGAAGUAGACACCAAUAUUCAUUUGGAUGAGACGGUGUCAACAUACGAAAGAACAAUACCUUUCCAUAUAAAAAACGACGGAUCAGCGACAUUCCACUAUGAAUGGAACUACGUUGUCACACCAGUUAGAAAGUAUUUAAAUGUGAGAUUUGAGCCCAGGAGCGGGUUCUUGCAGCCGGGAAACGAGAUUAAAUGCACCAUGUACUUCCUUUUAAAGCAAGUGCCAGUUGUGGGAUAUCCGGUCACGUUAACCAUUUCAGAUGGACCUAAAUACUGUAUUUUCCUCCAUGCGGAAAUAGCUUCGCCAGCUUGCCAUUUCUCGUGGAAAAUGUUUGAUUUCGGGAAAUGCAUCGUUGAUGCCCCAGACCCUACGUACACGAAGAACCUUGUUUUCAAAAAUGAUGAAAAAACCGACAUUCUCACUCUUGAUUUCACGUAUAAACAUUGGCCGGAACUGUUUGUCGAUUUUCAACAAGAACGGGUUCCACCUGAUGGUCGCAUAAAAAUUCCAAUAAAUUUCCGACCAAAAGAAGUUAAAGAGUACGAAUUCAAACUUCAAUUCUGGGUGAAUUCACUUUGCGAGGAAAUAAUAACUAUACGAGGCGAAGGAGUACCUUUAUUACUGGAUUUAUACGAAGGUUGCCAAAAGUCCUUUGAUUUGGGACCAGUAAAAAUUGGUAAAAAGAUAAUUCGAGAAAUCGAAGUAAUGAACCACAGUAAAGUGCCUAUUGACGCCAGCUUCAUUUUCGAAGACAUGUAUCCUAAAAUAGAUCCUGCAACUGAUAUAUCUUCUUUGGGGUCUAGUAUAUGUCUUCACCCUGACACUCCUCACAUACCUACUGAUCACGUAUCUCGAGUGAAACAAGUACAAAUGUAUAGAGGUGAGCAGACCCGAGAACAAAUUGAGAAAGAUAUAAAAAAUGCCCUGGCAUCAGUGAAAGUAGUGCCUUCAAGGUGUAUAAUAAAACCAUAUAUGAAAGUCCCACUGAAAAUACAUUUUAAACCGGUGGGACUUAUAAGCUCAUUGAACAUUCAGUUAAACGCAAAAGUACUGGAGAAGAUUAAACCAUUGGUCUUGUUAAGCGGUAGCGCAACGGGCAUGCUACUCUACUUCAGUCAAAAUUCUCUGCAGUUUGGACGCGUGCGCAAGCGAGGCUGUAAGAUACUGAAAGUCAUGUUAAACAAUAAAGGAGAUUUUGGAACACGAUUCUUCUGGCAGCCUCUGAAAUCCUCCGAGUUCACUAUAAGUCCGAUGCAAGGAUAUAUCGACGCUCAUACGAAUGUUACUUUCACGAUUACCUACAGACCUAAGAAUUACAAUCCAUUUGUGAAAGUUUGGGCGAGUUGUAACAUUGAGAACUAUAAGGCUCAAGAACUAUCCUUGUACGCGACUUGUAUGGAUUACGGAAUACCUCAGACCAUAUCUGUGUUUAUGGAAUGCCCAGUUAGGUCCGUGAGCACGGAAUACGUAUCGGUAACGAAUCCAACCGAUGAAGCAUGGUUGGUUUUAUCUGAAGUGUCAGGAGGACCAUUUGAGACUUUGAAAGAAUUUAUAAUCGAUCCUAACAUUACAUACGACAUACCUAUACAUUUUAAACCGAGGACGAUGGGCAAACAUGAGACGCAAGUGUUGUACUCACCGCUUGGAGAAACCGCUUUGUUUGUCAAUGUAAUAGGGGCUACUAUGAGUCCAAACCCUAGCGGAGAUUUGAAAAUAAAGGUCGCUGCUCAGGAAACUUAUAACGAAAGUUUCUCUGUAUACAAUAUUACUGAGAAGCGAGAGACGUACAUCGUUGACACUGAAGUGGUAAAAGUGAUUCCUGAUAAAUUCGACGGGUUUUACGAGAUCAAGUUUCCUGACUACGUUCAAGUAUGGGGGGAGGCUGCAGGAAAAUGCUUGUGGCAGUUCACUUGCUACCAACCUUGCGAAAUGCAAAUGAAGGUGAUGUUUAUAAACGAGGAAUCGCAAGAAUACCAGUUCUACAACAUAACGGCCAUAGUGACUCCAAGCCAGAUUAUGGGUACGCUCACGUUCGUGUCUCGAGCGCGCGAGUCCGUUCAACAAGAGAUAAUGCUGACGAACCCACUCAACGACGACGACGACUUCUACAUCAAAUGCGAACAAUUAGAAUGUGUCGAUAUCGUCCAUAUUAACAGACAUUCUAAUGCAAAGUUAACCAUGACAUAUUCCCCACUCGUAGUGGGUACUGCAGAAGAUUUUUUAGAAAUACAUAACGAUCUUAUAGGAGUAUAUAUGUAUAAAGUAAAAUUGACUUGCCUCCCGGCUAAGCAGAAACAUCUAGAUUUCACUACCACUUUAGGGAACCGCAUUCCGAUUAGACUUCGAGUUCAAAAUAGGAGUGAGACGAGAGCUGAUUUUGAAUGCAUAUUAUCACAUCCAUGUAUACAAAUGGAUAAAGACUAUGUACUUCAGCCCGGAGAGAAAGGGAAGUUCCUGGUUUGGUUUGAACCCAUUAAUUUGGGUGUUCAAAAUUGUCGCAUAUCCUUUAACUCCACCGUUGCAGGCGAAUUUGUAUUUAACAUAAAAGGGACAGCACUGUAUCCAACGCCUCAAGGACCCUGUCACAUAAAGGCAGGCGGAAUGACGCAAAUUAAGUUCAAGAACAUAUUUGACGACACACAUAAGUUUAAGAUUUUUGUUGAUAACGAAGAGUUCUACGUGAAAUUUGCUGUAGAACAAAUCAAAGCAAAGAAGGACAUAAAAGUGAUAGUGUACCUGAACGACCGCAUCGAUCGCCAAGAUCCACCCACCGGAUGCCUCACCAUCGAAAAUCUUGAACCCGCCGAGCCGCGCGUACAGUGGACCUACUUCCUGCAUGGAAAGCCUUAAUAUUUACCGCAUCUAUCUAUUGUGUUCUUACUUUUAAUUAUUUUAGAACAUUGAGUUAUUUAUUUUUAGUCAAUAAAACUGUCUAUAUUUCCCACUUCUUUUAUUGAUUUU